UUGGUACAGAUGUCUCGUGAUCGUGCUAACUGGGAUGACCGUAAGUUGUCCCUGAUGCUUGACCUUGUGGCUAAGCAGAAACAACUAUGCCAUUGGGGAGAGAAAGGCCCUACCUCCAUCGGCUGGACUAAUAUUUAUCGUUCCUUCAACAAUUCCACUAAAUUGGGAUACAGCAAGAAACAGAUCCAAAACAAGUUCAACGAACUCAAAAGAUUGUACUUCAACUGGCGCGACGGGUGCAAACACACUGGCCUAGGCCGUGACCCGGAGACCGGUGAGGUGGCAGUUGACCCCGUUUGGUAUGCGGCUGUCCAUGGGGAAAGUUAUGAACCAGCUGGUGAUAAGUACAAACGUCCGCCAUUCUGUGAACAAUUGUUCUCGCUUUUCGGACACACCCCCCGUGAUAGGGGCGAGUUGUAUUCAGCUGGUGGACAUGGUAUGGACCAAACCUCUAGUGGUGACAGCCCUCGGACUCCUCAGGAUUUGUCCAAUGAGCCUGUAAGAUCCCGAAGUGAUGGUCAGUGCUCCAAACGAUCCACCAGGGAGCAUUCAGUUUGCAGCCCAAUUAAAAAGAAGAGUAGCCAGACGCCCUCCCUUGAUGACUGCCUUGAAGACCUCGACAAUAUCAUCAAGGACGCGAAGGAGCGCAAGUCCCGUCAUAUCACUGAAGCCGAGGAGAUAGCCCAAGUCAAUCAGAUUUUGAAAGAGGAUGGGUACAACGAGAGCGAUAUAUUUUUUGCCCAGGCCUUGAGUCUUUGCACCCACAGGCUGCAUCGUAGGGCUUUCCUGGGUUUGGUGACCAAAGAAGGGCGGUACAACUAUGUCAAGGUUACUUUGGACAUGAUGAGCAUGAAGUCCAAGUGAUCCAAACAAACAAUGCUGUUGCGUGGCCGUCGUGUGUAUCUGUUUUCGUAAUUCCAGUGUUGCGUACUUCCAGUCAUGGUUGUUGUACUACAGACCGUUUUAUGAACUUUGGUUGCUGCUCAAUGUUUGUGUUGUGUUAUAAACUUUGGUUCAUAAUCAAUGUUUGUGUGCUGAACAGACUAUGUGAGCUGCACUACCUGGCUAUGUGUUAUAAAUUAUUCCUUCACAAUGUUGUUAUAAAUUAUUCCUUCACUAUGUUGUUAACUGUUUUCUUGCCAUUUUGAGUUGCAGAUGGACAGCAGCGAGCAAUCGUCGCCUAGUGGGUCUUCUACCGACAGCCACGACGUUAAGAACUUGGCUGCAGCAGCUGAGGUGUUGAGAAGGAUUAAAGCAAUCCUCAGGAUGCAGCCACCUUUGGUAAAUCCUCCUUGUCCCAUAACCAAGCUGACUGGAGCUCAAUGGAUGAAAUUGAGUCUUGAUGACCCUACUAAAUGCAUAGAUAAUUUACGUAUGUCUCGUGAUGCUUUUCUGAACUUGCAUGACCGCUUACUUUCAUAUGGGCUGAAAAGUACAAAAGAUUGUGGUUCCAUGGAAGCUUUAGGUUUAUAUAUCUGGACUUGUGCACACGGGGCUGGUGUUAGAGAAUGCAGGGAUAGAUUCGAAAGGUCUUUAGAUACAAUUAGUAGGAAGACUUCUAAGCUGGCAGAGAUUAUGUUUAGGUGGGCACAGACUGUACUAGUUCCAGCCGAUAGGCACUAUACACAAGUGAGCAGCGAACUUGCGGAAUAUGCACCAUGGUUUGAUGGAUGCAUAGGUGCUAUAGAUGGCACUCACAUACCGGUGGAAGUGAAUCAAGAAGCCAGAGUUGACUUCAUUAAUAGGGACGGAGAAGUUUCGAUUAAUGUUUGCGCCAUAGUGGACAUGCAUGGCCGAUUCACCUAUGUGGGAGCCGGGAAGGCGGGUGCAUGUCAUGAUAUGGCGGUUCUCCAAGAUUGUCAGGCGGAUCAAAGAUUCCCGCAUCCACCACCAGGCCGGUACUACCUGGCGGACUCGGGUUAUAUGGAGCAGCAAGGGUACAUGACUCCUUUCCGGGAUACUAGGUACCAUAGGUCACAUUUUAGGGGUGUUGAUGUUCGCACAUUAGAUCGUCACGAGAAAUUUAACUACAUUCACUCCAAGCUGCGCAAUAUCAUUGAAAGGAGGUUUGGGCAUUUGAAAGAGCGGUGGCAUAUCCUGGAAGGGGUUCCAUUCUUCAGGAGGGAAAAACAAGCAUGGAUUAUCAUAUCAUGCUUUGCAAUGGAGAAUUAUCUGUGGCUGCGUCAAUAUGGAGAUGGUUCAACUUACGAUCCGUCGGAGUGGGUGGCGAUGAAUACUGCAACUAAUACCUCAGAAUUGAGGGAGUUAGUUUCUGCUGCUGUGUGGCCGGCAUGAUUUAUGAUUUGUUGCUGGUGACUGGACUCUGAAUGUGGUAUUAUUAUGUGAACAACCAGAACGGACUUGUGGUUUGGCGCCAUGUAUGAAACUGAUGUUGAUUGAGGAUUUUUUUAAUUCUUAAUGUUGAUCAGUUAAUUGUUAAUGUUGAAUGGUCGAAUUAGUAGUUUGUUGGUC